UUCUCAUCGGGAGAAUAUCCGGUCCAGGGGAUGGUUAAGCUAACUAUUGUUGGGAGGGUAAGAGAUGGAUUGCCUCUUGCACAAGGACAUCGAUACAUGAACGAAGAUAAUGACAAUUUUGCAACAUACAAGAAACGAGGAGAAUUCAUACUUGCAGAAAUAUCAAGGGGAGCCUUGGCAUCUCUGAGAAUGACCAUUCAGCUCGGAAAUAAUCAUUACUUCCACUGUUUAGCUGAGGAGGGCACUUGCUUUAUUGUAUUGUGUGAUUCCUCCUAUCCAAGAAAACUAGCUUUCAGUUAUCUACAUGAUUUGCAAGUGGAGUUUCAGAAGUUUGACGAGACAUUCAUAGAGAACAUUAAAAGGCAAUACAGCUUUAUUAAAUUGGAUAGUAUAAUAGGGAUAUUGAAGAGGCAGUACAUAGAUACAAGGACACAGGCUAAUCUGUCGAGGCUUAACGCGAGUCGUCAAAAAGACCUCGAUGUAAUUACGAACACGUCUGAAGUUGCUGAAAGGAGGAGGGAAUCAGAGAGAUUAGAAAGAAUGCUGGCAGCAACAAGAGUUGUUUCAGCAGUUUGGGGCUCCCCGCUUCUUGAGGAGCCAUUUGCCAUAGUUACAUGCAUGUUAAGAUUUUCAUUUCUUAAGCAGGUAAUUGCAUUGAAAUGGACACCUAUUACACUUAGCAUUGGUGUUGCUGCUGUUGUUUUCUGGGCGAGCUUAGUUCUCACGGACAGCCUUGUCAUUUGAAGCCCAUGAAACCAAACUGCCCCUGUAAAUAUAUUAGUAAUCUUCUGUGUAAAUGCCUUAAUUGAUUCACAUGAUAGACCGUUUGCGUGGGUGAAUUUGACUUGUAAACCUGGUAAAAUGACUGAGCGAGUAAGUCCUGCAUAUGAAAGAGUAACUUCGACGGUAACUGCUUAUCCAUAGACCACCUACUCGAAAAUUCUAUAGCAAACCUGCACGUCUUGGCUAUGUCCUCGAGUUAGAACUGUGAUUCAUGUCUCUCCAAAUUUCAAUUGCAAUUCGCCAAGCCAAGCAUUUCGUCAGAGCAUGAACAUCCCCAACUAGAAGUUGUUUUUUGUGUAGUUAAAUGAGUCUAAUUCAACGAAGCAGGUGGGUGGGGCAAACUUCAUUUUUGAGACGUCUCCUGAUCUUCACUGUCCAACUCAGUCAAGAAAUUUCCCCUUCUAUUUUAUCACAGAGUCAAUAAGAGAAGUCUUUUCCCGAUUACUAUUCUCUUUAUUUAGGUACCCAAGCAGGACUUUUAUAUCCAUCCUUCGUUCACAUCUGUAGAUCAAAUUCAAAAUCUUAUUCACAUAUAGAAUAGUAGUCUUGAAAACUGAUUUGCCCUCAAACUCAAACUCUAGACUUUCACCGAUCAAGGUCUCAGAUCAUCUCCCAAAAAAAAAAAAAA